AUGAGCGUGAUCUAUAUAGUCCAUCUCUUCAGCUGGAGCGACGGGAGCGUCGCUCUUGGCGGCUCACUUGGAGCGUCGCUCACCUGGAGCGACAGGAGCGUUGGAUCAUUUGGAUCAUCUGGAGCGAAGCGUCGCUCCAGUUGUCUUAGUCAUCCUUUCGCUCCAUCACGUGACCUGCUUCUGUCACGUAGCGAAUCCUUCCAGGCCUGCCCUGCUGGCCUGUGGGGUUUAUCUGCGCCUUCAGGGGACCAACAGUGCUCCCCUGGUUCUAUUCCUGUCACGUUCGUGACACCCGGGUAUCGAGGAUUCGUCCUAGGGCUUGUGGGAGUACAUCCAUCCCUCAUGACUGAAAAGCCGCCUCAGUGGUUUACCUCAGUCCCCCACUAG